GAUGGCGGACGAAGCUGACUUUUUCAACUAAAUCUCAAAAUGAAGCGAAAAAAGAAGGAAAGAUCUUCCGAAAUCCCUAGUAAUCAACAGCCUAAGACAAAGAAAUUUAAGCCUCAACCAAAGAAGCCGAAAAAUAGCGUAUUUGUUCAGCCAAAGUUACCCAAAAGUGAAGAAGAAGUUUCAUCAAAUUGGAUAGCUUUGCAGAAGCUUUUGUCCAAGGAAAACCCUGCAAAGGAUAAGGCUCCUAGUUCUUUAAGACUCAAACACAAAGGACAAAAGAGCAAGACUACGGCAUUGAAGAGAAAAGAACAAGAUGAGAAACUGAAAAAUAAAAAUUUAGACAGAGAUGAAGAUGAGAUUUGGUUUGAUGACGUUGAUGCAGAAGACAUCGAAAGAGCAUCAGGAAGAAAAAUACACAACGCAUCAAAAGAAACUGUUUGUACAAGUAAAAAAGAUCUUGCAGUUGGUGGAUUUGAAGGACUGACCAAGAGAAUUGCCAUGGACUGUGAAUUCGUUGGGGUUGGCCGAGAUGGCAAGAGAAACAUGCUGGCUCAUGUGUCUGUCGUUAAUUCCCAUGGGUGUACAGUAUACGACGAGUAUGUGGCACCUAGAGAGACUGUGACUGACUACAGGACUGCUGUGAGUGGGGUGAGAUCGUCAGACCUCAAAAAUGCACCAGAUUUCAAGACUGUGCAGAAGGAAGUAGCUGAUAUGUUGAAGGGACGUAUCUUGAUUGGACAUGCCAUCAAAAAUGAUUUGCAGGUCUUGUUUUUGGACCAUCCUAAGAAGGACAUAAGAGACACAGCCAAAUAUAAGCCCUUCCACAAAAUAGCCAAGAGCCAGUAUCCAUCCCUAAAGAAGCUCAGCCAAGAGAUCCUGCAUGCUAGAAUACAAGAGGGUGAACACUCAUCGGUCCAGGAUGCCCAGGCAGCCAUGAGACUGUACAUACUCCACAAACGACAAUGGGAAAAACAGAUAAAAGACAAGAAAUUCAAGAGAACGCAAGAAAAAGAUGAUGACAGCUGAUUAAUGUUCAAAAACUCAAAUGUAAAUACGUUGUGUAUUGUUAAAUAAUGCCAGUGAAGUAGAGUCUCCUUACCUUUAUGUAAGGUACCAUAUAUAAAAGUCAAUAUAGAUUGGAAUACAAGGUGUUUUUCCUGAAAUAAGAAACAUCUGCAUUUGUUAGUCAAUAAUAAUAUUAUGAAUACCAGGUGCUUUAUUACUCCAGUAAAAGCUUUUUAUUAAGUUCAUCAAUCAAGAAUGAUGUUCAAUUGUCGAAGCGUUCACGUUUGGAAAAGUAUUAAAUAUGAAUUUGAUUACUUUCAAUAAAACGCGCGAAAUCGUACAUCAGACCUUUUCAGUCUGAACUCACUUGAUGAGUGACUACGAAACAAUGGCUUCAAGUCGAGGUUGGAGUCGAUGUGUUGUUUUAUGGACAGUCAAGGGAAUUUGGGAAAAUAAUAUUUGAUGCAAAGCGGGAUUGAUUAGGUUCCUUAGAAGCUGUUCUUAUUGUUGGACCGACACUAAGGGACUGACCAUUAGAUUUUUG